ACUGAGCUGCUGAGCGGAGAGGUUCAUAUAAGAUGUCAGGAUGUCGCUGUCUAUUUCUCCAUGGAGGAGUGGGAGUAUUUAGAAGAACACAAGGAUCUGUACAAGGACGUCAUGAUGGAGAAUCACCAGUCCCUCACAUCACCGGGUGAAUAUUGGAUGAAAGACUUCCAUCGACAUUUCCAUUUAUCUUUCUAUAAUGAAGCAGAAAAUAACACCAUGCAAGCUAAUUCAACAACUCCUAAUGUACCCUCAGUCCUUCACAGCGGAGAUCUAUCCUCCGACAUUGCAGGUCACAAGAUGCCUUUGUCUAAUCAGUCACUGAUUUUCAAACAAAUAACUGGACAUCACUGGUCUAAUCUUGCUAUGCAUGAGAGAAAUCAAAGACCUAAAAGGGCAUUUUUAUGUUCAGAAUGUGGGAAAUAUUUUAACCAAAAAUCGGAUCUUGAUAGACACCAGAGAAUUCACACAGGAGAGAAACCAUUUUCAUGUUCUGAAUGUGGGAAAUGUUUUAGUCGGAAAUUAUCUCUUGUAGAACAUCUAAGAAUUCACACAGGAGAGAAGCCGUUUUCAUGCUCAGAAUGUGGAAUAUAUUUUACCCAUAAAUCAGCUCUGCUUCAUCAUCAAAGAACUCAUACAAGAGUGAAGCCAUUUUUAUGUUCAGAAUGUGGGAAAUGUUUUAGUCAAAAAUUGGAUCUUGAUAGACAUAAGAGAACUCACACAGGGGAGAAGCCAUUUUCAUGUCGGGAAUGUGGGAAAUGUUUUAGUCAGAAAUCAUCUCUUGUGGAACAUCUAAGAAUUCACACAGGAGAGAAGCCAUUUUCAUGCCCAGAAUGUGGAGCUCGUUUUACCUAUAAAACAGAUCUUCUUCGUCAUCAGAGAACUCACACAAGAGAGAAGCCAUAUUCAUGCUCAGAAUGUGGGAAAUGUUUCAGUCAAAAAUUGGAUCUUGAUAGACAUUGGAAAACUCACACGGGAGAGAAACCUUUUUUAUGUCCUGAAUGCGGCAAGUGUUUUAGUCAGAAAUCAUCUCUUGUAGAACAUUUAAGAAUUCACACAGGAGAGAAGCCGUUUUCAUGCUCAGAAUGUGGAUCCUGUUUUACCCAUAAAUCAGCUUUGCGUCAUCAUCAGAGAACUCACAAAAGAGAGAAGCCAUUUUCAUGCACAGAAUGUGGGAAAUGUUUUAUUCGAAAAUCAGAUCUUGAUAGACAUCAGAGAAUUCACACAGGGGAGAAACCAUUUUUAUGUCCUGUAUGUGGUAAAUGUUUUAAUCAGAAAUCGUCUCUUGUGGGACAUCUAAGAAUUCACACAGGAGAGAAGCCGUUUUCAUGCUCUCAAUGUGGAAAAUGUUUUAGCCUGAAAGUGGGUCUUAUUAGACAUCAGAGAACUCAUACAGGAGAGAAACCAUUUUCAUGUUCAGAAUGUGGGAAAUGCUUUAGUCUGGAAUCGAGUCUUGUUAGACAUCAGAGAACUCACAUGGGGGAGAAGCCAUUGUAAUGAUCAGAGCGAGAAACCAUUGUAAUGAUGAUCAGAUCUCAUACAUAAAUUGGACUUGCAACUAUUUAGCAUAUUAUUAUUUAUGUAGAUUUUUGUCAUGUAACUGCAUCAUUACUAU